AUGAUGGGCCGACCGACCUGGCGCGUGGGCUGUUGCUGUCUCCUCCUCCUGGCUCUUGUUGUAUUUACCCGAAGCGAAGGCACGCAGAGCUGCGAAGAAGUUCGGAAACUUUUCCAGUGGCGCCUGGCGGGAGCGGUCAAGGGGCUGCCAGAUUCGCCAAGGCCAGGACCUGAUCUUCAGGUUUGUGUAUCCAAAAAACCUACAUGUUGCACCAGGAAGAUGGAGGAAAGAUAUCAAAUUGCAGCUCGCCAAGACAUGCAGCAGGCGCUUCAAGCAUCCAGCUCUACAUUAAAGUUUCUAAUAUCUCGAAAUGCAGCUGUUUUUCAAGAAACCCUUGAAACUCUCAUCAGACAAGCAGAAAAUUACACCAGCAUACUCUUCUGCAACAGCUACAGGAACAUGGCCUUAGAGGCUGCUGCUUCAGUUCAGGAGUUCUUCACUGAUGUGGGGCUCUAUUUAUUUGGUGCGGAUGUUAAUCCUGAAGAAUUUGUGAACAGAUUCUUUGACAGUCUUUUCCCUCUAGUCUACAAUCAUCUCAUUAACCCUGCUGUGACUGACAGUUCCCUGGAGUACUCGGAAUGCAUCCGGAUGGCUCGCCGGGACAUUAGUCCAUUUGGUAAUAUCCCCCAAAGAGUAAUGGGGCAGAUGGGGAGGUCGCUGCUGCCUAGCCGCACGUUUCUGCAGGCACUGAAUCUGGGCAUUGAAGUCAUCAAUACCACAGACCAUCUGCUCUUCUCCAGGGAGUGUGGCCGAGCCCUCCUGAGGAUGCAGUACUGCCCUCACUGCCAGGGCUUGACGCUCAGUAAACCGUGCAUGGGGUACUGCCUCAACGUCGUGAGAGGCUGCUUGGCACACAUGGCGGAGCUGAAUCCACACUGGCAUGCGUACAUCCGGUCCUUGGAAGAGCUGUCAGAUGCCAUGCAUGGAACAUAUGACAUUGAACACGUGCUCCUGAACUUCCACUUGCUUGUGAAUGAUGCUUUGAUGCAGGCCCACCUGGACAGACAAAAAUUAUCAGAACAGGUGAAUAAGCUCUGUGGUCAUCCAAUGAGAUCACCCACUGAAAGCCCCCGCUGUUCUUUCGACGGGAGUAAAGAGAAGCUUAGAAUGAAGAUCUCUACAAGGAAUGGUGAAGAGACACUUGCCAACAGAAGAAAAGAAUUUAUCAACAGCCUUCGACUGCACAGGACAUUUUAUGGGGGCCUGGCUGAUCAGCUUUGUGUUAAUGACUUAGCCGCUGCUGAUGGACUGCCAUGCUGGAAUGGAGAAGACAUAGUAAAAAGUUAUACUCAGCGUGUGGUUGGAAAUGGAAUCAAAGCCCAGUCUGGGAAUCCUGAAGUCAAAGUCAAAGGAACUGAUCCUGUGAUAAAUCAGAUUAUUGAUAAACUGAAGCAUGUUAUUCAGUUGUUACAGGGUAGGUCACCCAAACCCGACAAGUGGGAAGCUCACCUGGGCAGUGGCGGCGGCAUGGUUGAACAGGUCAGCGGGGACUGUGACGAUGAAGAUGGUUGUGGGGGAUCAGGAAGCGGAGAAGUCAAGAGGACACUAAAAAUCACAGACUGGAUGCCAGAAGAGAUGAACCUCAGUGAUGUAAAGCAAAUCCAUCAAACAGACGGUGGGAGCACCUUAGACACAACAGGAGCAGGAUGUACAGCAGCAACGGAGUCAAUGACAUUUCCUCUGAUGUGCGCCGUGAUGUUACUCCCUGGGCUUUGGUAA